UGCGUCAGUCUCUCAAGAUCCUCGCACCUGAGAGUAAUGAGAAACAGAGAGACGCGACGACUGACGGAGCUAAACGGGAGUCCUGGAAUGACUCCAUCUAAAUCUCUGAAGGGUUGAAUUAAUACUGAAAGAUGAACGACGCUCAUAUACCUGUGGUUGUUUUCGCGUUAGUCUGGGUCCUCAAACCCACUGGGGCAAACCUGCCGUCUGCCCUUGAUGUGGGAGGCAGCGGGGCACAGAGGGACGUCUCCUGCAGAGAAGACUUGGAGUACCUAGUCGGCAGCAUCUGCUGUUUAAACUGUCCAGCUGGCAAAUAUGUGAAAUCGCCAUGCACGCAAGCAGGACAGAAGGGGGAGUGUGAAGAAUGCGAUUAUGGAACCUUCACUGAGCAUGACAAUGGGCUGAAACAGUGCUUCAAGUGCACACCGUGUCACCCAGAUCAGGAAGUUGUAAGGCAGUGUACUCACACUCAAGAUACUGAAUGUCGGUGCAAAUCGGGGACGUUUUGUCAUCCUGACCAUGCAUGUGAAGUGUGCAGGAAGUGUUCAAAGUGUAAAACUGGUGAAGAGAUCGUAAGGAACUGCACAUCAACCACCAACACGGAGUGCAAGAAAAUCCAGCCCAAAUCUGCCUCUGCUACAGGUGUCACUGCAGUGAUUGUGGCAUGUGUGGUGGCCACUCUGGCCAUUGUUGGGAUAGCAGUUUGCGUGUGCAAGAAGAGAAUUCCACAAAGAGACUCUGGGAGCGAUCUACCUGACAGGACGAAAGCUGGCCAGUACACUGCCAUCAGUCUUCCUGGGGAAAGCGGGGGUGGAGAGACCGGAAUCGCAAAUCUAAUGCUGCCCCGGCAACCGGUGAGAGCCAAAUCCUUAGCCGGCGUGGAGGAUGAGUAUAAAAUGCUGUGUGAAAGCCUCGACAGCUCAGCCAGUAACUCCCAGAGCAGUCUAGCCGGCCUGCCAUCCUCUGCCUACCCUGCAACUUACCCUCGAGCCAGCCCCGUCGUCCCCAGGCAGCCCAACAGGAGGGAAGAUGAACAAUUACCCAAGCUUGUUCCCAUGAAUGGUGAAGAGUCACUCAAGAGAUGCUUUGGGUAUUUUGAAGAACUGGAUGUGGACCAGCAUAAGAGAUUCUUCCGUCACCUUGGGAUCAGUGACAAUGUGAUCAAAAGCAGAGAGAACCUUCUCUAUGAAGACAGGAUCCACGAGUUGCUGAACAUUUGGGUUGAGAAGGAGGGAAGAGACGCUAGCUUGAAUGAUCUGCUGAAAGCUUUGCUUGAGUUGAACCAAAGGAGAACGGCGGAGACGGUCAUGGAGAAUGCCAUGAAAGAUGGCCAUUAUUACUCCUCCUAGCUUUAGUGACAGGAGAAUUUUAAAAAACGACUAAACCUUCUGACACGUAGCCACAUGGUGUGAGGUUCUCAUUUAUGAAAGCAUACACCAUCCAACGCUGGAUGGCUUUUAACUACACUGCCAUCAAAUGUGGUGCUUUGGCAUGAGUAAGCUACUUGCUCAAGCCGUGGGAUAAAUGUGGAGAAAGAAUGGCAGUCCGUUCCUGUUGCUUCCUGCUUCCACGUUACAGUAGGAAAGCAUAAGCCUAACUAGUGGCAUUUUGGCCAGUAAAGCGAUUCUCUCCUAGUUUUAGGAAGUGUGUGUUUUACUGAAGUUGCCGUUCAAUACGUGCAUGUCAUUGUACUUUAUUGUACGGCCAUGAUGAGGAAAGCAGGUAGUGAAGACAUACGUCCUUAACGUUACACAACCACAGACCUGAAAAGUGACAGUUUAAAAUAUCAGCUGUUUCUUCUUACUGGAAGUGAUAUCUUUGGGUCAGUUACACAGUGCUGUGAAGAGUUUGUCUGGCACCUUGUUUUCACCGUUUCACAGAGAUACAGAUGUUUAUUAAUAUGAAAGACUUUAUUUAACAUGUAUUUAUUAGGUCUGUGUCCUCAUGAACAUCAUCUCAUUGAUCUGAGCUUUGAGGCUUAGAUUAAUGAAAUUUCUAAAAGUGUUCAGUCUAUUAAGACAGUACUAUAUACUUGACUGACAAUGUUAUCCCGUUCAAGGAUACUUAAAGCAUCUUAUUCAGAAGGAUCAUUUAAUUUGUUUUUAGUUUCCUCCAUGCCUCAUGUUCCAGGUUUGUUAUAUUCCUAAUUGUAACUGACACGUUGCAGGAUUACGAAACGUUCUACAGUGGUCACUUAUGUGAGCCUCUAAAACAAGUGUGUUGAGAGAAACGUGAAAGUGUUGACCGUUUACGCACAUUUUUUUUUUUUUAACUACUGUGCAGUAGUGUUUUGAGAAGCAGCUUUGAGAUCAAAGGUUCACCUCCCCCUGUGUCCAUGGCUGCUCUGAGUGUACCCGCUACUGGACGGGUCAAAUGCAGGAAAAUCAUUUCCCUAUCUGUGAUCUAAUGUGUUGCUGACAUGGAUUGGACAGGUUCAUCACGUUACCUACAGAGUAAAAUUAUUGGUGAAUGUUACACAGUCAGUGCCAUGGUUUUAUAUAUUGUGUCUGUCUCUUUCAUCACUUUUGUUUGUCAACCUGAUUCGUUUUAUGAGCUGAAAGAGGUCUCUGUAUCCAGAAGCGUUUGUAACUUGAAAAAUAAAGAAGUUUAGUGUAGUA